AUGUCAGAUAUCAAUUUAUGUAAUAUAGAAAAUUUAAGACCUGAAGACCCAAAUCUUGCAGUAGCUAUUGCAUGCUUACUUGGAGAGCCAGCUGUGAACCUAAUUUCAAGAAUUACUACAAUUCUCGGUGGAGAGUUCGUGAUAUCCACAACUAAGAAAGUUAUCGCACUUCAAACAGAAGGAGGUGUCCCCACUUUAAAUGGCUCUAGAAAUCGAACAUCAGGAGGAAUAUUUUUUUCUUUUGUCAAGAAAACAAUAGCUCGUGAUAUUGUAAAAUUAAUUUUCAAUGAAAAACCAAGACAAGCCAUCGAGCCACUUGAAGCGAAUUUUUCAAAGUUAACAGUUUAA